AUGACAGAGCCAGGUGGAGCGCCAGAUCCAGAUUGGGCACCUGAACCAGAAGCGCCUGAGCCACUAGAUUCUGCAGAGCCGGAAGCAGUAGAGCCACUAGAGAGUGUUCAAACUGUUGAUAAGAGUCGAAAGAAUGGUCUUAAGAAUGGGAGCCAAGAGACCGCUACUGCUAGCAAGUUGCUGAGCAACAUCUUCAAUAACAAUGACCAGGUUAUUGACGAUCUUGAAGAUUGGCAUAAGCGCGUCACCAGUGAGACAUGUGACGCCACCGAGGGCGCUGAGAAGACCGUCGAGUGCAGCAGUAACUGCAGCAAGCAGAGGGCCAAGAGCAGCAAUAUUACUGCCGGCAUCCGCGAGGCCGUUGAGCAAUUUCUCAACUGUCUCCAGAACGGAAGUGAUAAUGGAAGUCAGACCAGAGCUGGGUGCGUUACUGCAGCUACAAGCAGUAGCACUGGGACGAAGACCAGUGGUAGUGAUGAAGCUGGUGCAGAUGGGGGCAGAGGGAGCAGAAAAAACGAUAAGGUAAGAGAAUUAGAUUUAGCACCUGACCUAGAGCCACUGGAGUUGGCAGAACCAGAAGAUCCAGAGGCAGAAAGACUACCAGUCACAGAAGCAGAGGAUUUUGAGCUGGAGUCACCCACGAUCUUGAAGACCGACGAAAGACCAUCAGCAUUGAGACAAGAGACGACACUAAGGGCGGAAAUAAGAGUAUCAACGGCAGCGGUGACUGCAGCAACCAGAGGAGGAGUAGCACUAGGAAUGAGGCCAUUAGUGAUGACAAUAGUGCAGAGCGAAGUAGUAGGAGCGACGGAAGAGACAAUAUCAGGAGUACUUGAUUUAGCACCAGUUGAAGAAGGAGCGACGGAAGUGACAAUAUCAGGAGUACUUGAUUUAGCACCAGUUGAAGAAGGAGCGACGGAAGUGACAAUAUCAGGAGUACUUGAUUUAGCACCAGUUGAAGAAGGAGCGACGGAAGUGACAAUAUCAGGAGUACUUGAUUUAGCACCAGUUGAAGAAGGAGCGACGGAAGUGACAAUAUCAGGAGUACUUGAUUUAGCACCAGUUGAAGAAGGGGCGUAUAAACUGGAGGUAAACAAUCAAGAAUGGAAUGACGACAGGCGGAUCCAAAGAGGCACCGAUGUCGUUGACGCUGCCCAUAAGAUUGUUGAGAUUGUCAAUGUCAGAACAUUUGAAGCAGCCAUCAGAAGUAACGAGCAGAAUACCGACAUGAGAAACGACACUGUUCAACCCACCAAGAAGAUUAUUAAGAGCGGCGUUAGCGAUGACUGCCAAGGGAGUGGUCUUGUCAUAAUUUUCCUGAAGGAUAUUCUCAAGAAGCUGGACAGUCUCCACCCAGUUAUCAAGGACGUUCAAGAGCUUCUGGACAGAACCGCUGCCGAGACAUGUGGCACCACUAAGAUAUUGAAGGAGUACGUCCACGGCGGCGUUAGUACUCCAAAGGAAUUAUCAAGAUCACCUAUAGCGGAUAUGAGGUCAGAAUUGGGAUUUUCACCGCAAGCACAGGCGGUAGCAGUGGCAUGGAGACCAUUAGUAGUGACAAGAUUGGUACAGACGUCGCCAGCCCGGUUGACAAGGCCAACAUUACGGGCAGCGAGACCAGCGUUUGGAGCCGCAGCAUACGCUAGUGAUGCUGUGGCAAAAAGGCUAAAAACCUUUGCGAAACGCAUUUCGAGUCUGAGUCUAUCGGUUUUUGGUCGACCCCUUUAA